AUGGUGUGCACAGCUAAAUUUGAAAAAUUACCGGAGUUAGCAAAACCAGGUCACUACUCUAUAAAACUUGUUCCUGAUCUGCAGACUUUUGAGUUUGACGGGGAUGAAGAAAUUGAUUUGAAAAUUACAAAAGCCACAGACUGCGUGAAACUUCAUGCAAGCGAAAUAGAAAUCAAAAAAGCAGCACUCACAUUAUCUGAUGGCUCUGUGUUUGACGAUCUUCAUGUCGAUUAUGAUAAACAGUGGACCACAGUUACUUUGCAGUUCCCCAAAACUGUCACUCCUCAAGAAGGCCGUAUUUCUUUAAAAUUUAGAGGUACUUUAAAUGACAAGAUGAAGGGUUUUUAUAGAUCGUCUUACAAGGAUGCAACAGGGAAAGAGCAGUUUAUUGCUACUACGCAGUUUGAAAGCACUUACGCUCGUUUGGCUUUCCCUUGUUGGGAUGAACCGAUCUACAAAGCUAAAUUCGACAUUACGCUUGUAGUGGAUAAUCAUUACACGGCGCUUUCAAACAUGAAUAUUGUUAAAGAAGAGAAAGUUGGUGAUAAGAAGGCUGUUACUUAUGCAACGACUCCAAUAAUGUCCACUUAUUUAAUUGCGUUUGCAGUUGGAGAUUUUGAGUUCAUUGAGGCACUAUUUUCAAAUCUGUUCCAGAGCAAAACUAAAAGUGGGUGCAUAACUCGUUUGUAUACUGUUCCUGGUAAGAGUAAACAAGGAGAAUUCGCGUUGAAUCUUGGAACAAAGGCCAUAGAUUGGUAUAAUAAUUGGUUCGGCAUAACUUACCCGCUUCCCAAAUGUGACCUUAUCGCAAUCCCUGAUUUUAGCAACGGGGCAAUGGAAAAUUGGGGACUUGUAACGUAUAGAGAAGUUGCGCUUUUAAUUGAUGAGACAAAGUCAUCUACGAGGCAAAAGUCACGCGUUGCUCUUAUUGUUGCUCAUGAACUGGCUCAUCUUUGGUUUGGAGAUCUUGUUACAAUGAAGUGGUGGACGGACUUAUGGUUAAAGGAAGGAUUUGCGUCGUUUAUGGAAUAUAUGUUUGUUGGCAGUAAUUACCCUGAAUACAAGAUAUGGCUUCAUUUUGUUAAUGACGAAAUGGCUCCUGGGUUUGGCCUGGAUGCGUUAAGAAGCUCUCAUCCUAUAGAAAUUGAAAUCAACAAUCCGAAUGAGUUAGAUGAGAUCUACGACAAUAUAACAUAUGCAAAAUCCAAUUCUGUUAAUCGUAUGUUAUGCAAUUACCUAGGGGAAGAAUCCUUCCAGAAGGGUUUGAGGGCUUAUCUCAAAAAGUUCCAGUAUAGUAACGCUGUGACAAAUGAUUUGUGGGACUCAUUAUCUGAAGCAUCUGGGCAGGACAUAAGACGUUUAAUGUCAAGUUGGACAAAACAAAUGGGAUUUCCUUUGGUACAAGUGUCUCAGAGUGUUGAUGGGAACAAAAGAACUUUGAAAUUGAAACAGUCACGGUUUCUAGCCGAUGGAGGGACAGAUGAAAAUGAUCAGCUCUGGCAGGUACCUAUUACAGUUUCGACAAGCUCCGAUCCUAGUGUUAUCAAACAUAGGUUUUUGUUAACUGAGAGAGAACAAGAAGUCACUCUUGAUAAUAUUCCAUCGACAGAGUGGGUAAAGAUUAAUGCCGGUACCACGGGUUUUUAUCGCGUGGAAUAUUCACCCGAAAUUUUAGAAGCUUUGCUUCCUGACGUUUCCUCGAAAAAGCUUCCUGCAGUUGAUAGAUUUGGGUUGACCGAUGACCUCUUUGCCUUGGUUCGAGCGGGCCGGGUUAGUGCUACACAGUUUCUGACUUUCCUAGCAGCAAGCACAAAUGAAGACGAAUAUAUUGUUUGGGGAGCCUUAGAUGCAGGGAUCUCAAGUUUGUGUAGUGUAUUGAAGAACGCUGAAGAUACGACGCUUCUUCCGAGAUUCAAUCGGUACAUUAUCAAGAUCUUGGCACCAGUUGGCCAACGUUUGGAUUUACAAGUAGCAAUGCUGCGAGCUUUGAUCUUGGGAAGACUUGGUCGUUGUGGACACGAAGAAACCAUAAAUAUUGCCCGAGAGAAAUUCAAGGAUCAUGUGGAAAACCAUACCGACCUGCAUCCCGAUCUUAGGCUUGCUAUUUAUACUAUGGUUGGUCAGAAUGACGGAGAAAAGGGAAUGGAGCAGCUAAAAAAGAUUUAUGAAACUGUUGGUUUAUUUGGUGAGGUCGAGAGGCAUUGCGUGAUUGCUAUGGCUCAGUGUCGCGAUGAGUCACUUCUUCAAAAGUUUUUCAAAUACGCUGUUGAAGAGAAGAGAGUUCGGUCUCAAGAUCUAAUGCUAUUAUUUUAUGGCGCUCGGUUAACUAAAGUCGGACAAGAUUUUAUAUGGCCGUACUUCAAGGAAAAUACAACCACUUGGCUAGCUCGCUUUGGUGAUGUCAAUAGUGCCUUGUUCCAGCACUGCUUGAAGGCCAGUUGUGACGGGUGUUGUUCUUCAGAGAUGGCAAAGGAUGUUGAGAAUUAUGUUUGUACGAAACUCGAUGAGUGUGCAGCACGGACACUGGACAGAACGACAAAACAAAUUGUUGAGUCAAUUUAUCUGAAUGAGAAGCUCCUCAAGAACAAUGUCAGUAGGAUCUCGAGCUUUUUGAAAGAAAAUGGUUUCUGA